CACUUAUCUGCAUGCGGGAAGAGGCAAAGUAACGGGCUUUACUCAGUGUUUGACAUUUCAUCUUCGUAAAUCACUCAGCUAGACAGAUCAAUUUACUAGAAGAUGAAGUUCGGUAGAAGAUCGAAGAGGAGUAAAGAAAAAAUCGAUGUUUCUUUACUUAGUAUUGCUUUUGCUCUGAAUUUAUUUUGCUUAAUAUCAGCAGAAGGACCUCCGAGGAAGACUAUCGCAGAUCGUGAAAGUAUCAAUUUUGCUGAAGUUAACAAGACUGCUGUAUUAAAAUGUCCUGUUGAAAUGAAACCUAAAACAUAUAUUGAAUGGUACAAAAACAAUGUGUCUUUAUAUAUGGAAAGUGGAUAUAAAAUGACUCGGAAGGGACUUCUGACAAUUAAGACAGUAACAAAAGGACAUGCUGGCAUUUUUACAUGUGAUGCCAUUAAUGGCUUUGGAACAACACGAAUCAACGUACUACUCAUAGUUGAUGAUCCUGAAGAAGAGAAUACAAAUAACACUCCUCUGAAUCCAAAUGCUGCAAAUAGAAAUUUUGGAUAUCCACCCGUCAUUAGCAAACGACCUUCGAGGAUUAUAGAAGAAAUCGGUGGGCAAACAUCUUUGCAUUGCAUAGCAACAGCGAAGCCUAAACCCCAUAUAUUUUGGUUAAAAAAUGGUCAAUUGAUAGAAGAUACCGAGAGUUACUUCUCGAAAGAUAGAACGCAUUCCACUCUUAAACUAACAGAUUUAAAGAAAUCUGAUACAGGAACAUACAAAUGUAUUGCACGAAAUAAAGUAGAUGAAGACACAAUGGAUUUCACAUUGGAAGUCACAGAUCCUUGUCCUCCUCCUGAAAUUAAAUCAGUUGAACCUCCAAGUGCUGUGAUUAACGAGGGAAGAGCAGCCAUAUUUUUGUGUGAAGUUAGCAGUAAGCCAGGAUUAAAACUACACGUAAAGUGGCUGAAGAGAUUGAACAAAGAAGAGACUAAAACAUCACUGUUUCACUUAGAAGGAGUUUCUUAUCGCGCCUUAAAUAUAUCUUUUUCUGAUGGCACAGAUACGUACGAAGGACUCUACAGAUCCAAAUUGCUGAUUCGGAAUGCACGCAUCCAAGACUCUGGGACGUACGUUUGCCUUGCCCUCAAUGAUAAAGGCUUCAGCUUCAAAAACGUUACUUUGACAGUUGAAAGCAGAGUAAUGUCUUCAAACUCUCUCGGGAUGAAAGUUGGAGCAGGCCAUGCAACAAAUUUUACCCUAACAAUCGCUCUUGUAGUGAUUUUGGCAAUAGUUGCUGUAAUAACAAUCUCUUUGUGCCGCAAAGGAAGAUUUUUUUCAGAGCAGAAAAAAGCGCCUACUACACCAAUAGUUGAAAAUACUUACAAAAGUUUAGGAAGGUCAAAUACUGAAAUCAAAAACUGCAGCAGCAAAGACUACAGUUUAUGUAUAGAAACUGCUGAUCCUCCUUCGAAAUCCAGACAAAGCCUCCUUCAAAAUCCAAUGAAUGUAUCCUUAUGAGGGCGCAGAAAAUCCGAACUCAAAAUUAAAUUAGCUACUGCUGUGUAUUAUAAAAUCAAAUUUAAAUACCUCACAUUCUUUGUAAAACUUAGUGACUACUCAUGUACGUAACAAAGAAUAUAUGUUGCAACUCUUCUCAAGGUUUACCCAAUGAAUAAGAUUGUUCUUGAGUAAAGAGCAAGACCAGUCAACAGAAGAAACUAUCUUCUUGGCAGAGAUAAUGGACGAGCUUCCGUGCCUUAAAUAUAGCCAUUAUUAAGUUUGAUGUAUAUUUAAGAAGAGAACUAUAUUCCGUACCGCAAAUGUAAUGAAUCUAAUAUUUCAGUUCUAAAAAUCACAUGAAGAAUUUGCCAUUCAGUGCAAGCUAUUUCGAAAACUUCUUAUUGGUAAGGA